AGGUUGGUAUCUGGGUGGGUCUCAUGUUUUCAGCUGCUGCUGCUGCUUGAAUAACUCAUCGCCCUUCCACCACCACCUUGCUAAUAAGCAAAACAACACCCAUAUUUCUUAAAAUAUUUAUUUCAAAACCUAUUCGACUUGAAAAUGAAGGGGUGCAUGUUUAACAUUGACAAUGGUUACUUGGAAGGUCUUUGUCGUGGAUUCAAGACUGGCAUUUUAACCCAAAACGAUUAUCUCAAUCUGGUUCAGUGUGAAACCUUGGAAGAUCUGAAACUACAUCUCGCCGGAACUGAUUACGGCAACUUUUUGGCAAACGAGCCCAGCCCGAUUGCUGUGUCCACCUUGGAUGAAAAACUAAGGGAGAAAGUCGUUCACGAAUUUCAACAUAUGAGGAACUGCGCCGUGGAACCACUUUCUACUUUUCUUGAUUACAUUACGUAUUCGUACAUGAUUGAUAACAUCGUUCUGCUGAUAACUGGCUCCUUACACCAGCGCCCAUUGCAAGAACUUCUCCCGAAAUGUCAUCCAUUGGGAUCUUUUGAGCAAAUGGAGGCGAUUCAUAUCGCAACUACACCAGCCGAGUUGUACAAUGCAGUUCUCGUGGACACUCCACUGGCACCAUUCUUCCAGGACUGCAUUAGUGAAGCAGAUUUGGAUGAAAUGAACACAGAGUUGAUUCGAAAUACUCUGUACAAGGCGUAUCUCGAGUCAUUUUAUGACUUUUGCAAGGAGCUGGGUGGAGAAACUGCGGAUGUCAUGUGCGAAAUAUUAGCUUUUGAAGCAGAUCGUCGUGCUCUGAUCAUUACUAUUAAUUCCUUUGAUACUGAGUUGUCGAAGGAGGACCGAGCCCGACUUUUCCCACGUUGUGGAAAACUGCAUCCCGAUGGAUUGGCAGCACUGGCCAGAGCUGAUGAUUAUGAGCAGGUGCGAAGCGUGGCAGAAUACUAUGCAGAAUAUCAAGUGUUAUUUGCUAAUGCGGGACAAAACACUGAAGAAAAGACACUAGAGGACAGAUUCUUUGAAUAUGAGGUCAAACUCAAUGUCCACGCCUUCCUGAGACAAUUUCAUUUCGGCGUCUUUUAUUCGUAUCUGAAACUGAAAGAGCAGGAAUGCCGAAAUGUCGUCUGGAUCGCAGAAUGUGUCGCACAACGACAUCGUGCCAAGAUUGACAAUUACAUUCCAAUCUUGUAAGAUGAAUAUCAACAAUUCUCCUUCCUCCCUACAAACUAUUCCACACGCAACUAUGAGGACUUUAGCAUCAGAGUUUGUGUUUGUCAGCUAUGCAAACUUUGAUCAGAAAAAAAUCAAUCAAUUUAUCAUUUUGUGAUAAGUACAGUUAGUAAACUAAUUUCUGUAGUAGUUUCAAACAAAAAUAAAUACAUUCCAGGUAGAGCGAAAUUUAUUCAACUGCCAUAAGCAGUGAGUACAAUAGGUCUGAGAGAGAUCGCUAUUCAUCACGUAGUUUUGUUUCUAGUCCUAGUAUUACCAUUCAUUGAUUUAUUAUUGUAAAAUUGUUCUUGUUUCUGUUGGAUUUGCGGACUGAGAAAUCAUUAGCAUUUUCCUUGUCCCAGUUUUUAUCCUGGAAGAAUUUUAUAAAGCGUGCAAAUGAAUAAGAAAUAAAUAAUACAUGUGUAUCCAUUAAGCGUAA